UCAAAGCUCCACAGGGUGAUAAUUCUUCAUGUCCUGUGUUUACAUCAGGCCCACUUUGUGAAACGGCUUUGGUGAAAAGGUAUAUGAUCCAAUGAGUUUUAGAUCUAUGGAUUUUGGAUAAAUGAAUUACAGCUUCAGCUCUGAUUUCAAGGACCUAAUUCUCACACCUCAAUCAUCCAGUGCAGAAGAAAGUGAUGGAGGCAAGAAAAAUGAUGGUCACCUUGGUUGUAUGGAGUUAUCUGUCCCUGGAUUUCAGGGCGUAUUGAAAACUGGCACUCAGGAGAAUGAUAGAAACAACACUUUGCCAGUCCAAAACAACAGUUUGUCUGUGGGUUUUCAUGAAUACUCGGAUGGUCUUGCAUACAAAAACUCUGGGACCAAUGUUAAUUCAUCCUUGUUCGUGUCUGGACAAACUGAACAGAACCUCGAACAAGUGUCAAGCUUUGAUCUCAAGCCAAUGAAAGGUAGAGAGGAGCAAGGUGCAAGAGAAUGGCCACAUAAUGAGUGUCCUGUACUUGACUCUGACCACAUCCAUCUUGCCUCUAAUGCACAACAGUGUAAAGAUUCUGGUGCUCAGGACAUAUAUGACCGAGGGUAUUUUUCCAAUGAAUUGCCGCCUGGUCCUUUGCAGGGCGUUCACGCAUAUGGUAACAUUGGUGAAAAUGUCCAGGCAAUGAUGAAUGCACAAUCUGAUAAUAUGAUGCAGUAUUUUCAGGCCGGUGAAGACCAACAUGGCAUGACCAGGCGUUGCCUCCAAUUCAGAGAACAGCCAACUGCUAUAAGAAACUACAGCAGUUCUUCAAACUUAGGAAAUGAAGUGACUAAUUCAAGGCCAUUUUGUACAACUUCAGGGACAGAGAGUUUGGGUUCAUUUGUAACAACCAAAAAGAGGCAGCUAGGUAACCCCUCCCAAUAUGUGCCAACCAUGUUGUCCACUUGCUCUAGUGAAAAAUCUCCCUUCACUGUUCCCAACCCGUUGGAUAUUUGCUUGCCCCUGAACAGCAAUAUGAAUUCUACCAAAAUGGAUUGUGGUGGAACUGGAAGCAUGAAACUAGAAGUGGAUAGUGUGGAUUUGGCAUCUGUCACAAGCAACCAUUAUCUGGAAACCAGGAAGAAUUUUUCAAGUGUAGUUGACAACAUUUCAGCUUGUCCUGUGGGUGGUGCACUUUAUGGUAGGGAUUCUUUAGUUGCUGGAUCUAAAACUUCUGAGCCAUUCUGCAAUAUGGAACCAGUUGUGCAGCAUUUGACUUUACAGACUAGAAGGAAUAUUAACUCAGAGCAGGUAGACAGUUGUGAGGAGUUUAACCAACAAGGCACUAAAAAGAAAAGGAAGAAAUCAUCAAGAGCCAUUUUCGAUGAGGGUUGCAAGCAUUGCAAUUGCAAAAGGACCAAAUGCUUGAAACUCUAUUGUGAUUGUUUUGCUGCUGGGAUCUUUUGUGAUGAAUCUUGUGCUUGCCAAGGUUGCUUAAACAGACCUGAAUAUGAAGAUACAGUUUUUGAGACAAGGCAACAGAUUGAAUCUCGUAAUCCUUUGGCAUUUGCUCCCAAGAUCAAAAACAGCGAAGAUGGAAAGUGGAUGACACCAUCCUCUGGUAAGCACAAAAGAGGUUGCAAUUGCAAAAAGUCAAUGUGCCAGAAAAAAUAUUGUGAAUGCUACCAGGCCAAUGUUGGCUGCUCCAGUGCAUGUCGAUGUGAUGGAUGUAAAAAUGUUUAUGGCAAGAAGGAAGAUUAUGGUGUAACUGGAGAAAUAAUGGAAAGCAACAGAGACAGCAAGGAGAUAUUGGCAGGAUCACUUGAGCAUAAACUGGGAGCAGUUGUAGCCAAGAAAGACUCCUUGGGUCUCGAGUUGCAUGAUCUGCAAUAUCUCACACCCAUGCCGCCUUCAUUCAACUACUCAGACCAUGCAAAGGAUUCACAAAAAUCUCAACUUCUCUCCUGGAGAUACCUUCCAUCACCUCCACCUGGCUUUACAGUCCCAUCAUCUCAUGUAAAAGCUCUGAGAACUCCAAAAAAUUUUGAUAGCAAUGACAUCUUUCAGGAAACAAGCAAACAUACUUUUGAUCUUAGUUCUUAUAUUCAACGAAUGGAUACACAUGCUGAUCCUAGUCCAGUGCCAAGUUAUCCUUCAAUUUUAAUGGCUUCUUCAGAAUCAUCCAAAGGAAAGGACUUGACAAGUUUUUCAAGACUCCAAUUGUGUCCCAGAACUGGCCAUAUCCCUUCAGGUGGUUCCCCUCACCGGAAUAGUUCAUUGAUUACACCAAUCUCUGAAUUAGACGAGACAAAAAAUCCUCAGGAGUUUAACUCUGAUGGUCGACUUUAUGACAUCUUGGAAGAUGAUAUGUAAGGUCUUGAAAGAGAAUUCUUCCCUCCAUUGAGUCUGUCAAGGUAAGUUCUCCAAAUGGCAAGGGAGUUUCACCUCAAAAUUUGCAUGUGCUUCGUUCAACUUCUACGGAGGUAUUAAAAAGCAGUAAGAAGUUUCCCCCUCUUACGCCUUGCAAAGAUUUGAAAGGUAGCAGCAAUCAGAACAAGAGCAAUUUUGAGGAAAAUAGUAGCAAUAGUUGAUUUCCAGACCAGCACCAUUUUGGCCUUACACUUUGCAAUUUCAGUGAUUCAUUUCAUCUAUACCGAGCAGUUUAUAGUACUUGUGAAUAUUUGAACCUGAAUCACAUUGGGCUGAUUUUUCAUUAAUCUUGCUUCUGCAUACUACUUUAUAUCACCAUUAUGUUGGAUAAGUUGUACUUGGCAUAGGACAGGAUCUUACAGCUAAAGAUUUUGAGUAUAUCAGGUUUCAAUAUUAUGGAGAGAUAUUACUCCUCAGUUAAUAGGUAUGCGGAUGGUUUUCAUCAUUGAUUGUGUUGUUAGAGGUAGUAGGGAGACACUUGCUUAUUAGUAGACGAAAUUCAAAUAGAGAUUACUCAAAUGAUCUCCAGUCUUCCUUUGAGAAUAAGAAAAUAAAUUUUUGUUU